AUUAAACUCGACAAGGCUGAUGAUGCCGUUGAUGACAUGUACAAUGGCUGCAGAGAGAAAAUGGAGAAGAAGGUCAUUAAGACAUACUUCAGAGAAGAGUUAAAUCUCACCCAAGACCACAUGCAGGCAAUCUGUGCUUAUACAUCUGACAUACACAAAAUUUAUAAAGAAUUCAAUGAAGCUGUACACAACGAGAGGAAAAACUACACCCGCUCCUUCGAAUUUAAAUUCCACUCUUUGCAUUUCUGGCUGACUUCUGCCAUACAAAUCCUGAAUAAAAAACGAAAGUGUCAAACUUCUUAUAGAAGAACUAAAGUUAGUUUUACCGGCAAACUUCGCGACGACAUUCGGUUUGGUACGUUUGCCUCCAGCUCUAAACUUACAGAUCGUACAGAGUUUGGUAGCAAGACCUGCUUUGAAAUUGAGACCUGCUUAGGAGCCUACCUGAAGGAUUAUUCAAGCCUAGAAACAGAGCAAGAGGUGCUUAUACCCCCCUAUGAAAUAUUCAAGAUAACCAAUAUUAUUGAAGGUAAGGGUGAAUAUAAACCUAUGCCUGACUGUGAGAAGGUCUUCAUUCUGAAAAGUAAACGAAAAUCUAAGAGUAAGCUCAACUGCAAAGCUGCAAAGUAAUGAGAGAGCAGAGUUUCCCACAUCAUCAUUUAUGACUGUGCAGGAUUUACAUUGAUGUCUAUGUGCAGCAGACUGUAUAUCUGAACAGGAUCAAUACAUGAGUGAUAUCAGA